AUGGCUUCGACGCGGUUAGUCGGUAAAGUUGCCGGGAGACUUUUGGGAAGUCUCGGAGCUCGUCGCCCCGCUUUUCAAGCGCCUCGCCCUGCAACAUUUCUUCACAAGGUGCAAUUGCCUCUGCUUGGAGCUGCUCAGGCUGUUUUCUGCAGCACGCGUUCGCCCCCUACAGAGGUGUCCCUGAAAUAUAAACACGGGCGGCUGGCUCUGGAGGUGCCGCUGACAUGCAGGAGCGAGACGUGCCUUUUCUUUCUACAACCCAUGCUCAUGACAGUGGGCGACCUGGUCAGCGAGCUGCAAAAGGAGGACCCCGGCGCCACUGCCGCAGUUCUCUCCAAAGAUGGUGAACGUGUGGCCUACAACACACUGCUAGAAGCCCUGCUGAUAGACAAACACUUUAAACUGGUCAUAAACAACACUGUUUACAAUGUACACUCUCCAGAGAAAGUAUGCAAAUCUAGCGAGCACGCCCUGCAGUUGGACGACAUGAAGCACGUAGUUCACCUGCUGCACACGGCUCUCAACCUACCGGAACACCAAUACAAACAGGAGCGCCAACUACUGGAGAGACUGGAUCGCCUCAAGCAAGAGCUUUCCCCGCUGGAAAAGAUGAAGGCGCAGCUGUCUCACACGGCCGACUUCCAAACAUCCAGAGCGGUUUGGACCGGUUUGGCCCUGCUGUCCGUGCAGGGCGGCGCACUGGCCUGGCUUACCUGGUGGGUGUACUCGUGGGAUGUCAUGGAGCCCGUCACCUACUUUGUCACCUACGCCACCAGCAUGGGGGCCUUCGCUUACUAUGUUCUCACUAAAGAGGAUUACGUCUAUCCCAAUGCUAAGGAUAGACAGUUCCUGCAUUACUUCUACAAGGGGGCAAGCAAGAAGAAAUUCAAUGUGGAAAAGUAUAAUGAACUCAAAGACGAGUUGGCUCAGGUGGAGGACGACCUGAAACGCCUGCGCUACCCGACACAGCUUCAACUCCCCAUUGGACAGAUCCAGCCAAAGGAGUGA